AUGCUCACAGUCUCACAGAUGAGAUCAAGGUCAUUCUGCUCGACAUGUCAUCUUUUGGCGGAAACUCCUAUUCCUAAACUCGGCGAAUCCUCACGUUCACGUUCACAAUCGACCUCGCGUCCGACAGUGGUCAAGCCUAGAACUGGGGGUGGAAUCUUGUCUCAAAAGAUUGAUAAAUCCAAGGAGGUCCGACCUAUAAUACGAAGUGGGAAGAAGGACCUCCUCAAUGCUGUGCUAGGGGAUCCAUCCAGACCCAAGAAUGAUAGAUCGGAUUCAGGUAACAGGACCAGGGAAGCACGUGAACCAAAGCAUAGGAAGGGGGGAUGGAAAGAAAACUUACAGGCAGCUUCACUCCGACCAAAGGAUACCAUAACAUUGGAUUCAGACGCAAGAAUACGAAUAAUAGGAUUCGACCUAACUACGUCCCUUCCCACAAUAUUCAGAACCAAAACUUCCGUAUUCCGCUCACCAUUAUUCAACCUCCGUUCCAUUCCCUUCUCAAACCUACCCCCUCGUCGACUCCCUCCGUUCCCUACUGAGCGACUCAGCGAGUGGAGAAACGAACAAAAGGGAAGGUGUAUCUACUUCAGUGCGAUAAGCAGUAAGAACGCGGUUAGUAAAUUGGCAGUGGAGCGGAAUAGAUCGAGGAGAAGAUUCAAUUCGGCUUUGGAGGGGUUGUUGAAUGAUGAUGUUGGGAAAGAGGAGGCGAGAGGCAUGAUCAAUAAUCAAUACGCAUACAUAGCAUCUCUUACGUCCUCUCUACACGAUGCCCCCUUCUCUCAGAUCCAAUCUGAUAUUAUCCUAGGAUUGAAGUAUCUCGAAAAGUCCCAAGCAACUUCUUCAAGUGGAUCGACCCCUUUGUCUUUACCGUUACCUUUACCUAAAUAUAUACCCAGAGGUAAAAUCAGUAAUCACGUGCUUCUACCUACUGAGAACGACCAUGAGAACCUGGUAAAUAGGAUUUUGUGA